GCCUCCUCGGGAGGAGGAGCAGGAGGCGCCGAAGGGGAGGCGCAGACGAGCAGCGAGCCAGCGCCAGCCGCGUCUCCAAGUUCCAGGCCCCGGGCGCGUAAUGCGGAGCGCGGCGGGGGCCGGUUGCAGCGCCCGGGCGGGGGCCCGGAGGCGGCGGAUCGGGGCCUGGCCGGUGCUGGGCGGCUAGAUCCGAGCAGCUGCUGCCGGGAGAGGAGGGAGGAAGCCAGCCAGACGGAGGAGAGAGAGAGAGAGAGACGCACAAGAGACGCCAGCUGCCGUGCGCCAAAGCGCGCUUUGGAGAGACCCCCGUCGGGACUUGGAGAGGGACGCGCGGCGGCGAGGGACUCUGCAGAGGGAAACGGAUGCUCACCCAGGAGACAUUGGAACGCAGCCGCUCUACGCCGGAAUGCGGGAGAACCCUCUCAUAGUUCUUCGGAGUGGACAUGUCAUAAAGGCUUCCUCCGUCCAGCGGGAAGCUAAAACAUUUCCCUAAGCGCCCUUAGCUUCGCUUCUUUCCUCCGGCCCAGGACUUCUGCAGGUGUCCCCCCCCAAAAAAAUAACCCCAUAUUCCUGCCCCACCGGCUACCAUGAACGGCCUGACGGUCAGCGAACUCUGUUGCCUUUUCUGUUGCCCGCCCUGCCCCGGGCGCAUCGCCGCCAAACUGGCCUUCCUGCCCCCCGAGCCGACGUACACCAUCGUCCCCGAACCGGAUCCCGUUGCGGGGGGGCCCGGCAGCGCCUCCCCCCGAGGAGGAGCCAUGACCCGCUGGAAGCUGCACCUGGGCGACCGAGCGGAUUUCCAGUACGCCCAGCGGGAACUGGACACCAUUGAGGUGUUUCUGACCAAGAGCAGCCGUGGGAACCGCGUGGGGUGCAUGUACGUCCGUUGCGUACCUGGCGCCAGGUUCACGGUCCUGUUCUCGCACGGCAACGCUGUGGACCUGGGCCAGAUGUGCAGCUUCUACAUCAGCCUGGGCACUCGCAUCAGCUGCAACAUCUUCUCCUACGACUACUCGGGGUACGGCGUCAGCACGGGGAAGCCCUCCGAGAAGAAUCUGUACGCCGACGUCGACGCCGCCUGGCAAGCGCUGCGCACCCGAUAUGGGAUCAGUCCCGAGAACAUCAUCUUGUACGGACAGAGCAUCGGGACGGUGCCCACUGUCGAUCUGGCGUCUCGCUACGAGUGUGCGGCUGUGAUCCUGCACUCGCCGCUCACUUCGGGGAUGCGCGUCGCCUUCCCGGAAACCAAGAAGACCUACUGUUUCGACGCUUUCCCCAACAUCGACAAAGUUUCUCGGAUCACCUCCCCGGUCCUCUUCAUCCACGGCACUGAGGACGAGGUCAUUGACUUCUCCCACGGCUUGGCCCUAUACGAGCGCUGCCCGAAGGCCGUCGAGCCGCUGUGGGUCGAGGGCGCCGGCCACAACGACAUCGAACUCUACAGCCAGUACCUGGAGCGCCUGCGCAAGUUCAUUUCGCACGACCUGGCCGGCCAGAACAACUGACAACCGCCCGUCUCGUUUCUCGCCCUCUCCUCCGGCCGCGGCUGCGCGCACCUCGGUUCGGAGGAUGGCGAGGGGCUCGCGGCUUUAGGGCGCUGUUACAUGCGCCAGUCCCCUGCCCACCGAAGCGGGAGAGGAGUCCUCCGUUACAGAGGGGCGCCAGUCUCGGGUCUCUUGGGGGCAUUCCCUCCGACACCGGGAGCCGCUCGCUCUCCCCCCGCUGCCAUCUCUGAUGUCGACGCCUCCCGCCCCGGCAAUGCGCCGAGCCGCCCCUCUCUGCGCCAGCAGACUAGCCGUUUCCGCACAUCGCUGUCCUUUUUUUACAAAAAAUACGCCGACGACGCCUCCGUCGAGACUACGCUGCCACCACGACAUCCCAUUUUCUCGGAUCCUUCUUUUCGUAACUCUCGGCGCGUCCCAGAGAUAGCAAUAAGCCUUGGGGGAAGGGGGAAGGUGGGGCGGGAUAACCCUGGCUCUGCCCCGGAGAUACAGGGUGGGGUGGGGCGCCAAAAUGCAUGACGGCCAAAACGGUCUGCUCUGCCUCCGCCGCCCGUUGCACAGCACCACCUAGAGGCCGGAGGACCUCCAUUACAGAUUCUCCUGCGCUGCGGCGGAUGGGGUUUUCGCCAGGACACGCCGGAGCGAAGACCCUGGUUGUGGAGUACAAGCUGUCUGAUCUCCACAGGCCAGGAUUAAGCGGGUUGGCGGGAGUCAGAGAGACAGCUUGCCUGUUCCGUCCACAAACUCCCGGAUCCUAUUGUUUGAAUAUCCCCGCCGUAUCCGGAUACCCCCCAUGUGUUUGAGCCAGAAUUCAUUUAAUUCCAAGUAACGCAGGGAAUCUUUUUCGUGUGUGUGUGUAUUCGGGGAGGGGGGAGGAGAGGGAGUUUGGGGAAAGCCUCCCACCCGUUCGUUUUUGAAACAAAGAGGAAUAAAAGUUUGGAAGACCCAGA